AUGGCCACUUUCUCAUCUUUCUCCUCUCCGCCCUCAAGUCCUUCACCGUAUGAUGCACCCCCAUCAUAUGGCAACUGCCCGCGCACAAAAACCAUCACAGAGCUCGCCAAAGUCCUGGACGAGCACCGAGUAGCCCUUGUCAGAGGCCCCCCAUCCGCCGGCAAAACAACCCUCGCAAGGCUCCUCCAAAGCUACUACACCAGUCGCGAAGAACCCGUCGUCUUCCUCACUGGCUGGCCCCACAAAACCGUCGACCCACCAAUAUACCUCUACGAGAAAUGUAAGGAAACCGGUUACGAGGUCGACUACAUGACCCUCCAGUACUCAAAUAUCACUUUUAUCAUUGACGAAGCGCAGCAAUCGUACAGCGAUGAAGCGCUGUGGCGGGGUUUGAUCAAGUCGCAGAGCGGCUGCCAGAGCGGCGCGAGGAUCUGUUUGUUUGCGUCGUAUGGGAACCCAGUCAUGGGGACGCCCGAGGGACCGGGGGGUCCGCCUGUGCAUUUUGAAUCAGAGCAGCGGGUUUCACUGCUGAGGUACCAUGCAUCACAUGGCCCGCAUUCCAAUAAUCUCGGGCUGUUUUAUACGCUAGAGGAAUUUGAGUAUGUGCUGCUGCUGUGGUCGGCGGUUAAUGAGGUUGAGAUUGCGCCGGUUGCGAGGAAAGUUCUCUAUUAUGUGACAGGUGGGCAUCCAGGGGCGGUUGAAUCGCUGGUGGCAUAUAUAUUGGCAUAUUACCACACCGAAGUAGAAAACGGCAGCAUCAAAACAAUCACAGAAAAGCAUCUAGUGGAUUGUCUACAAGACGGACCCAAUCUCUUCGCUUCCCUCCAAACAACUGUCUUCUUCCGAUCCUUCCCAACCUCACAACAACUUGCAUUCGCUCCCGCCGCUGCAACCGCGCUUCGUCGAAUAAUCCAAGAAGGAACAGUCCCAUGCGACUUGGACGAUUCCGGCAUUGAACUCUGCUUUAAGAGAGGCUGGGUGCACGCGGAUUAUACGCACAGUUCUCCAGCCGGGGUUGACAAUCUGGUUUGCUUUUUGCCGACGAGGUUGCAUGUGAAGUGA